UUUUAUUUAUUUAUUAUUUUUAUUUAUUUAUUUGAUUUCUUUUGGUAGUAUUUCUGAGGAGGGUUGUACUGUGUAAUUUUUUUGUAUUGUAUUUUGUAUUGUUUCUAUUGCAGGUUGGAGGAGGACGUUGAUGGCUCACAAGAGUGAAAGAGGAGCCUCAGGCCGCUCCAGAUCCAGGAGAGCUGCUUCCACUCAGACGGCUGGUCUGGAGGUUUGGAGACUCAGUUCUGAUGAUUUAGCUCCUCUGUCUUCUGAGUUUUCUGGUUCUGUGUUCACAGGUCAGGAUCACAGGAAGAGGAAGAGGCAGAGCGGCAGCCAGCAAAGCCCAGAUGGUGGAUUGUCAGGCCGCUCCAGAUCCAGUCAGAGAGCCGGAGAAUCGAGUCUUAGCAGCAGAGGGACGUACAUCGUUGAGUGGAGGUGGAGUGGCGACGGAUCGGACGGCCCAAGUGGACAGGACAGUUGUGGCAACUGGAGUUUGUCCAGGUCCGACAGCCUCCAAGAGAUGAUGUGUCCUCCGCUGCCAGGUCAAGUUCCUCUGGAGCCAACAGUGACUUCCAAUGGCCUAACAGCUCAUGGUGCCGUGGAGGCGUCUCCUGCGAACAAGAGCUCAACAGAAAAACCUACAGAAUAUAGGGAGAGGAAAGGAAUUUGUGGUUUCCUCAGGAGCGUGUGGAAGGCUCUGAAACAUCAUUUCGGCUGCUGUCGUCACAGCAGUGCUGUGGAUGUUGUGGAGCCUUUCGUCCCUCCACCAGAUCUGGACCCAGAGCCUGAUCCAGAUCACUCAGCCGUCAAGCCAAAUAAUGGGUCCUUUGCGUCUCUCUUCAAGGUAGGAAAGAUGAUUGGAUCCGGGGGAUUUGGCAGGGUGUACGAGGGAAAACGGAAAUUUGAUGGCAAAAAGGUUGCCAUCAAGCAGAUCAGCAAGACUGACAAUAAUCGUUAUCUUGAUAUUGUAAGUUGUUGA